AGACGAGGGCAGGACCAGAGACAGAAAUGGGAGGAGAGACAGGAGGGGAGACAGUGGCAGAAGAUGGGGCGGCGAUGGAGGCGGGGGCAGAGAGCCGGAGAGGGCCAGGGCCCGGGCCCGAAGCAGACGCAGAGGCCCAGUGGCUCUGGGCGAACCGUGCGGUCCAACCUGGUCCCGCCGGGGCGGGCGAGCCCGGGGGCCCCGUCCGUGGCCGACAACCGUCUGCGAACGGCCAAGUACACGGCGCUCUCCUUCCUGCCCAAGAACCUCUUCGAGCAGUUCCACCGCCUGGCCAACGUCUACUUCGUGGCCAUCGCCCUGCUGAACCUGGUGCCGGCCCUCAACGCCUUCCAGCCCGAGCUGGGCCUGGGCCCGCUGCUGCUCAUCCUGGCGGCCACCGCCGCCAAGGACCUGUGGCAGGACCUGGGCCGCCGCUGCUCAGACCGCCGCCUCAACCACAGGCUCUGCCUCGUCUUCUGUCGGGACGACAAGAGAUACGUGACCAGAUACUGGAAGGAUGUCCGAGUGGGCGACUUUGUCCUCCUCCGCGGUGACGAGAUCGUCCCCGCCGACGUCCUGUUCCUUGCUUCCAGCGACCCCGCGGGGAUGUGCCACGUAGAGACCGCCAACCUGGACGGGGAGACCAACUUGAAGGAGAGGCAAGUGGUGCGGGGCUUCUUGGAGCCGGGUUCUGAAUUCAAUCCUCUGAAUUUUACCAGCAUAAUUGAGUGUGAGAAGCCCAACAACGACAUCAGUAGGUUUUGCGGUUCCCUCAUACUGGAAAAUGGGAAGAAAGUUGGACUGGAUAAAGAAAAUCUUUUGCUGCGAGGGUGUACAGUUAGAAAUACAGAAGAGGUGGAGGGAAUAGUAAUCUAUGCAGGCCACGAGACCAAGACUUUGCUGAACAACCAGGGCCCCCGCUACAAGCGCAGCCGACUCGAAAGGCGGAUGAAUACCGACGUCCUGUGGUGCAUCCUCAUCCUCGUUUUCUUGUGUGGGUUUUCAGCUGUCGGUCAUGGACUCUGGGCGUGGCGAUACGGAGAGAGACAGAGACCGCCGUUUGACGUCCCCGCUCCCGACGGACAAGUCCUGUCCCCAGGGCGAGCGGCAAUCUACCUUUUUUGGACAAUGAUGAUUCUUCUUCAGGUUCUGAUUCCAAUUUCUUUAUACGUUUCCAUCGAAAUUGUUAAAAUAUGUCAAGUGUUCUUCAUUCAUCAAGAUAAAGAGCUCUAUGAUGAAGAAACAGACUCUCGGCUGCAGUGCCGAACUCUGAACAUCACUGAAGACCUGGGGCAGAUACAGUACAUUUUUUCCGAUAAAACUGGAACUCUAACGGAGAAUAAGAUGGUUUUUCGAAGAUGCACCAUCUCCGGCAUUGAGUAUUCCCAUGAUGCCAGUGCCAGGCGCUUAGCGAUGUACCAGGAAGUGGACCCCGAGGAAGAGGAAACAGCGGCGACAGGUGGGGCGCUCUCUUGGCGGGGAAACAUCGGCGGCCAUGGGGGCGCCCAGACCAUCCCCGGACUCCAGCCUAGCCAGUCCCCCCGCCGGCCUGGCGGCAGGACCGAAGCCCAGGGAGACCGCAUCCUGUCCAAGAACGCAGCGUUCAGCAGCCCCACGGAAAAAGACAUCAGCCCUGAUCCUGUCCUGCUCGAGAAGGUGAAUGAAUGUGCCAGGGUUCUGCAGACCAUGAGAUACGAGGGACAGCCAGGAAUCCAACUCAGCCCUGACCUGGCAGAUGUCUUGGAUUUCUUCAUAGCCUUGACCAUCUGCAACACGGUGGUGGUGACAUCUCCCCGGCGGUCCGAACCAAAGGGAGAAGCGCGAUACGAAGCCGAGAGCCCGGACGAAGCUGCCCUGGUGCAGGCGGCCCGGGCCUACGGCUGCGAGCUGGCCGGCCGGGGGCCGGGCCGGGUCUCCGUCACCCUGCCGCUCCUGGGGAGGCUCUCCUUCCGCCUCUUCCACACGCUGGCCUUCGACGCCGUCAGGAAGAGGAUGUCCGUGGUGGUCCGACACCCGCUCACCGGGGAAAUCAACGUGUACACCAAAGGAGCGGAUUCCGUCAUGCUGGGCCUUCUUCGGGCUUGCCCGGCAGAUGUCCCGGAGGCAGAACAGCAAAGGAAAAUUGAAAGCCAAACGCAGAAGUCCCUGAGCCGGUAUGCUGCGGAUGGACUUCGGACCCUCUGUAUCGCCAAAAGGGUCCUAGGGCAGGAGGAGUACGCCUGUUGGCGGAAAAGCCAUCUGGAAGCCGAAUCCACAGUGGAAAACCAUGACGAACUUCUGUUUCAGUCUGCGCUCCGUCUGGAGACCGACCUGCAUCUCCUAGGUGUGACCGCCAUCGAGGACCGCUUACAGGACGGAGUCCCGGAGACCAUCGCUACGCUGUGCCGGGCCGGGCUGCACAUCUGGGUUCUGACCGGAGACAAACAGGAGACGGCCCUUAACGUGGCUUACGCCUGCAAACUCCUGGAUCGGGACGAGGACGUCAUCGCUCUGAACGCCGACUCCCAGGCAGCCUGCGCGGCCCUGCUGGACAAAGAGAUUGGCUUGACGGGCCGCGGGGCCCGGCCGGGCCUGGUGAUCGACGGGAGGACCCUGGCCUACGUCCUGGACCAGCACCUGGAAGACAAAUUCCUGUCCGUCGCCGGGAGGUGCCGGGCCGUCAUCUGCUGUCGCGCCGCCCCGCUCCAGAAGAGCCACGUGGUCAAGCUGGUCAGAAGCAGGCUCGGAGCCAUGACCUUGGCCGUAGGCGACGGAGCCAAUGAUGUCAGCAUGAUUCAAGUGGCCGAUGUGGGCGUCGGAAUCGCCGGCCAGGAGGGCGUGCAGGCGGUGAUGGCAAGUGAUUUUGCAGUCCCGCGCUUCCGGCAUUUGGAAAGGCUCCUGCUCGUGCACGGACACUGGUGUUACUCCCGCCUGGCUAACAUGGUGCUCUAUUUCUUCUACAAGAAUGCAAUGUUCGUGUCCCUCCUGUUUUGGUAUCAGUUUUACUGUGGCUUCUCCGGGUCUUCGAUGAUCGACCCGUGGUACCUGAUCUUCUUCAAUCUGCUGUUCUCCUCCGUCCCCCAGCUGGUGACCGGGAUGCUAGACAGGGACCUUCCAGCCGAAGUCCUGCUGGCCCUCCCGCAGCUCUACCAAAGGGGCCGGAAGAUGGAGGAAUUCCAGCCUCAGAUGUUCUGGAUCACCAUGGUGGACGCCUUCUACCAAAGCCUCGUUUGCUUUUUCAUCCCCUACUUCGCCUACGCCGACUCCACCGUGGACGUGUUCUCCUGGGGGACCCCCGUCACCACCAUCGCCCUCUUCACCGUCAUAUCACACCUGGGCAUCGAAACCAAGACGUGGACGUGGCUCCAUGUGGUGUCUUGUGGCUGCAGCAUCCUUUUGUUUUUCCUGGUGGCUUUGGUGUACAACGCUUUCUGUUCAACCUGUUUCCCUCCAUCCAACCCAUACUGGACCCUACAGAACCUCCUGGGUGACCCUGUCUUUUAUUUGACGUGUGUCCUGGCGCCCGUGGUAGCUCUGCUUCCCCGGUUUUUGUGCCGGGCCAUCCGGGGGACCCUCUCCCCGGACCCUCGUCAGUCGGGACGCCUCCGCGACCGCCCGAUGCCGCCCGGAACUGGGGCGGGACCACGCGGCGGGGCUCGUCGCCGAGCAGGACGAGGACCUUCGGCCCCCGGGGACGGUGACCCUUCCUAGAUGGGUUUCCGGGCUUCCUCCGGGCGGGGGGAUCCGCCUGGACUCCGGCGGGGGGGAGUCACCCGGAGCUGCAAGA